GUUGCCUAUGAGUUUAUAUAAGAAAGUUGGUACAGAAGCCUGCACUGUUUUAAUGGAUGUGCUGUUUUCAUACCUGCUCUCACUAGAUCAAAUCCUUUGUUAUAGGCUGUGUUUGGUUUUAAAGAAAAGCAUGCUAUUGCACCACUGUAGCCUUCUUUGAUGAAGAUCAGUUGCAUGGCUGUAACAAUACAUUGUCCUCUUGAUGAGCAGGAAGGCCAUUCUUUUGAAAGGAUGAAGAUCACCUACCCCAGAUAGAUGAGCAAAACAAAAUGCUGAAAGAAAAGUUAGUAUCUCGUCUCCGUUUUGAGCCAGAGAGGACAGAAGUGCUGCUUAUGGUGAAAGGCAAGUGCAUGGUCUGUGAACCAGCUGACGGCACUGCAGGAGGCAGCAGUGAACUGCCAUCCUCAAUAGGCAAGAAAUAUUCCAUUCUUCGCACAGCAGUUUACAGAGGAGGCACGAAAAGGGAACACAAAGCACCAGUGACAGAGGAAGACAUGAGCUUUGGAAAUGUACUCUCAAGAAUCCAUAAGGAGAGAAGAGGAGAAUCCAGUUUUCAGCCUACUAGCAUGUCAGAGCAUGAGACAGUGAAGUUAAAAAGCAGCAUAACAAAACCAGCACCCUCGACCUCAGAGGAGGAGAAUUUGAAAGAGGCAGUUCCUACAACUGCUGCUUGCAAAGAAAUGCAGCCAGGCUUUGGCAUAUUGCCCUCAUCUUCUGUCAACGGUAAAGCAUCUCAAACGACUGAAAGUGGGGUGAUAAAAGAUAGUAUUAGAAAGAUGGAAACACAAACAGCUGUUUUGGAACCAAGUUACUAUAACGAAACCUGUGAGCAUACAAAAGUGGAAGGACCUAAAAAGUCUUUGAGAACCAAAGCUCACUCUUACGACAGAACAGAACCACUUGAUGAUGAUGUUAUAGUGCAUAUUUUGAGGCUCCGAGGAAAACUUGGCUGGCAAACAAAGCUACCACCCUGUGAAUGGUCAUCCAGAGAGACUUCUGUGUCCAGACUUCAGAAGUUCACACUUAAGAAACCUUUGCUGCUAGAAGAUAGUGGAGAAUUCAUAUACUGUCUUCAACGAAACAGGGACAACUUGAAAGCUCCUUACAACCCAUACGAUUUACAGGUUGUCUCUACACAUACAGCUAUGAAAAACGAAGCAUAUUGGACUGUUACAGCUUCAUUUGUGUCUAAGUUUUCUGCAGGCAAUAAAUUGGGAGAAAUGGAAACAACACCAGUGCCACAAUGGCUACGUGAAAGAUACCUGUUUUUUAACUUGCUGAAGAUUAAUUUCUUUUACCAUUUCAGACUGAUGAAAUGCUUUCUGAUCUGGAAAGACAGUGUUGGAAGAAGCAAGGCAAACAAGACCAGGUCGGUUUGAAUGUAGUUUUUUCACGGGAUGAAAAUAAAAGCCUACUUCACCUCCU